AUGCUACUAACCUUUCUUCAAGCUGAUGUGGAUGUCGCCGAGGUCACCACCACCGAAGCCAAUGGGACCACUGACCCCACCAAGGCCACCGGGACCAUUGGGACCACCAAGGCCACCAGGACCACUGGGACCAACGUCACCGAGGCCACCGGGACCAAUGCCACCGACAGCACUGAGGCCACCGGGACCACCAACCUAACCAAUGCCACAGGGACCAACAACUCCACCAAUGCCGCCGAGGCCACGGAACCACCAACCCCACCGAGACCACGGGAACCACCAACACCACCCAUGCCACCGAGGCCACGGGAACCACCAACCUCACCACUGAGGCGACGGAACCACCAACCCCACCAAUGCCACGGGAACCACCAACCCCACCACCGAGGCCACCAAGACCACCAAGACCACCACCACCAACCCCAUUGCGGUGGCACUGAUAACUAUGGCAGUGGUACUACCAUUGUUGUUGGGAGAAUGCCACGAAAGCGCACAGCCUUUACAUGGCGAAAGAAACAAACUGCCAAAAAGCAGAAACUGGUGGUUGAUGAGGCAGAGGAGGAUACUGUAAUGGAAUGCAACCCUGAUACUGACGAGGACAAACAUGAGCAGGCAACAUUGGAGGAGACGGAGGCAAUGAAGGCCCACUCAGAAAGGAGGAAAAGCCAGCGCCAAGAUGUGGAGUCCGACAACGAAAAUUUUGAUGACGACAAGGAUGUUGAUUACGAUCCAACAAAGCAAAGCCCCGAUGAGAGCAGCAGUGAGGAGGAAGGAAUCGAAAUGAUCCCACCUUCGCCGCUUCCAGCGACACAACUAAAAGUAGCAAAACCCAAAAAGAAUCGUGAAGAUCCAGCUUGUCUCGGAGGCGAGCGAAACCAACACCAGAGGGAGAGAAGUGUCGAGACAACUUAG